GUAAACAAUUUUGCAACAUGAGUUUUUUAAAGUAAGAAAAGUGAAUAAAAAGUGAAAUGUCAAUUCAUUUAAGGAAAUUUAUUAGUUCGAGGAUAAACGAGCUCACAUCUGUGAAAGGAUGUUUUGCAAGUUCACUCGAUCUCAGGAAAAACAAACAAGGAUUAAUGGAACUACGAUUACCAUUGUGGGACUUUGAAGAACUUAAAACAUCAACUGCUUGGACAAAAUCGAUAAACAAUGAAAUUAUUGAAAAUGUUAAUUGUGAUAGAAAAGAAGUAAUUUUCUCUCUAAACCAACAAAAGCUUGUUGAAGAUGCCUUCAAAGAUCCAACAAAUGUCAAAGUUAAUGAAAAGCCAAAUAAUUAUAUUAUUGAAUUUAGUUCGCCAAAUAUUGCAAAACCAUUCCACAUGGGACAUCUUAGAAGCACAAUUAUUGGCAAUUUCUUAGCGAAUUUCUUCACGACAAUCAAUAACAACGUCAUAAAAAUGAAUUACUUAGGAGAUUAUGGAACACAAUUUGGUUUCUUAAUGGUCGGUAUGGAAAUGGAGAAACUGUCAAGAGAAGAAUUUAAAAUUAACCCAUUAAACAGUCUUCUUAAGGCUUAUGUCACUGCUAAUAGUUCGACUGAUCCUUUAGUUGCUGAAAAAGCACGAAUUGUUUUCGAGAAAAUGGAAAAUGACGAAGACGAAGUAAUCAUAAAACAAUGGGAAGAAAUUAAAAAAUAUACAAUGGAUGAACUGCAAGUGAUUUAUGAGCGACUGAAUAUUGUCUUUGAUGUUUAUGAGUUUGAAUCAAUGUAUCGUAAGAAAGACUUAAAUAAUCUCUUAGUUCAGUUAAAGGAAAAAAAUCUUUUGAUUGAGGAUGAAGGAAGAUUGUUAAUCGAUAUUGGUGAAAGAAAGGUGACAGUUGUUAAGAGUGAUGGAACAACAAUUUAUUUAUCUCGAGACAUCAUCGCAUAUGAAUCACGUAGAAAAUGUUAUGAAGUUGACAAAACAUUUUAUGUUGUUGACGACAGUCAACUUAAUCAUUUCAAAGCUUUAAAAAGCAUUAUUGACUCCUUAGGAUUUGAUGCUGACAGUUCAAUUGAACAUGUGAAGUUUGGACGAAUCAAAGGAAUGAGUACACGUAAAGGUUCAGUGGUUUUUCUCAAAGACAUUCUCGAAGAAGCAAAAGAUCGAAUGCUGAAAAAGCAGCAAGAGUCGGAAACAACAAAAGUUGAUUUGUUAGAAUGUGGCGAUAGUGUUGCUGAUAUUCUUGGCUGUUCUGCUGUCAUUGUUAACGAUCUCAAGCAGAGAAGACAACGGACUUAUGACUUUGAUUGGGACAAGAUACUUCAAGUCAAUGGAGACACCGGCGUUAAACUUCAAUACACUCAUUGUCGUUUACAUAGUCUGAUGGAAAACUGCGGAGUGGUUGAAGCCGAAAAGAUCGAUUUAAAAUAUCUACAAGAACCAGAGGCUCAACAUGUUUUAUUUUAUAUAUUGAAAUAUCCUGAAGUCUUUUACGACUGCUCAAAAACGUUGGAAUCAUGCGGACUUGUGAAUUAUUUGUUUCGUUUGUGUUUUGAAGUUCAUUUAGUUUUUCUUCUUUCAGCGAUAAUGAAAAUUGUUUUUCUUGCAAUUGCCUGUGCAAUCGUAUAUGUUGCCAGUGCGUCGACAACUGAAGAAGUCAUCAAUUUUGUCGGGGAAGACCGCGAAUUGACCUGCAUUGGAAGUGAAAUUAACUGGUUGAGAAAUAAUACUGUCAUACCUGCUGCACAUCCUAAGCUUGUCAUAAAUGUUGGUGUAUUAAAAAGUCAACCAAGUUCAACUCUCACAAUUAAAAAAAUAAGUCCAGUGGAUGUUGCUGACUAUCGUUGCUAUUCACACAAAUCGAAAGAUGUGGACAAGACUUUCAGUCUUAAACUUUAUUUUCCAUUAACUUUCAGAAGUUUUACUAAAGACAGAGCUUUGAUAACUGAAGGUGGUGAUGUCACAGUAAAAUGCAAUGUUAUUGGUGUUCCAACUCCAACGUUGAAGUGGUUCUUUGAUGAGAAUGAGUUAUAUGACAAAAUUAAUGAGAACAUUGAAGUUCAUCCAAAUGAGCUCGUCUUAAAGAAAGUCAGAAGCAAGCAAGCUGGCGAAUAUACUUGCAUGGCAAUUCAGGAAUUUGGAUCAGUGAAAUAUGUCCAAGAAAGAAAAAUGGACUUAGAAGUUGAAUAUGGCCCGAAAUCGCACACACCCAACGAAACUAUCAUUUAUACCGACCCUGGUAAUACAGAAACCUUAGUCUGCAGUUUUGUAGCAAACCCAUUCGUUCAAUUCACUUGGUCUCGUGAUGGUUUUGGAAUUUAUAAAGACAUCGACUCUUUCGAUAAUGUUUCGCGUCUUAAGAUUAAAAUUGACGAAGAGGAAAUGAAACGAAAAUAUGUUUGCACAGCAAACAAUGCUUAUGGGCAAGUCAAUGCAUCGAGUGAUGAUGACUAUGUACUUGGUCAUUUGAUUUUACAACCCGACGAUCCUAUUCAGGCACGUUAUGAACAUGAAGGUCACAUUGUGGCAUGUAUGGGAGAACCAAAAGAAACUCUUAAAUGGAUAAAACCAAAUGGACAAGAAGUUGGAACGAGAGGAAGAAUUCAUGUUGAAGAUUUUGGAAGUGAAUUGCGAUUGAUUUUUGAUUUCUUGAAGCUUGAAGAUGAAGGCGAUUGGAUGUGCAUUCAAGAAACAGAUGGAUCGAAGAAAGUGAUGACUUUGAAAGUUGUUGUUCCAAUCUCAUUCAAACAUGUUAAAACAAGUGUCAUAACAGCAAAAGAAGGUCAUGUCGCAAGCAUUCCAUGUAAAGUUACUGGAAAUCCUGAACCAACAAUUCAAUGGUUUCAUAAUGGAAGAAAUAUUAUGGAUUAUUCAGAGAAUGUUAAGUCUAACGACAAAUCCUUUGAAAUUCUUCCUUCUGGUUUAUUGAUUCGUAAUGUAAAUCGAAAUCAUUCGGGAGAAUAUACUUGCAAAGCGUUUCAAAUAUCUGAAAUUAAAGGUGUUGAUACAGCAGAACAAACAGUACUACUUGAUGUUCAUUAUAAACCUUCAAUUGUGGGCAGUCAUCAUCGAACGAUGUAUGGAUUUGUUGAAGGUGAAGUGAACUUAACAUGUGAAGCAUAUGGAGAACCUUUACCUAACUUUAAUUGGUAUCAUAACGGCCGGAAAAUCUUUAAGAAUUAUCAUAAUGAAUACAACUGGUCGGUUUUACGAGUUGAAAUCAAAUCGAAAGAUGAUUUUGGUGAUUAUAAAUGCAAAGCAAAGAAUGAUUUGGGACAUGAUGACAUUUUCAUUAAACUCCAAAAUGGUUCGAAGCCUAACGUUCCAAAGUUUGAGUUGAAGCAAUUAGAUUCCGGUAAAAUGAUUGUUGAUUUUGAAGCUAAGAUCAAUGAUAAGAAUCGCAAGAAAAUGAAUGUGAAUGGAUAUCGAUUUGAAAUGAUUCCAAAAGAUCUUUUCAUGGAUGAUAAUGAAUCUUGGGAUCGAUCAUGGAUUAAAGAUUUUGCUAAUGUUAAUGACAAAACUGAAUACUUAUUGGAACCAUUGAUGGAGAACACAACUUAUUUGAUAAGAGUUGCUUCUCGUAAUGAUGCUGGGUUUAGUGAUUGGUCAGAAGUCAUGGAAAUGACAACAUUGGAGAAUUUUUCUGACAAAGAUAUCAUUAAAAAAUCAAAGCAAGCCAAAAUGUACAAGACAUUGAUUGUUGUUUUUGCCAUCAUCGCCGCUGCACUUGCUGGCGUUCCUGGGGAAAGACAGGAAAGACAAGCUGUAUACAGCACUUAUGGUGGCUAUGUUGCUUCACCAUACGCUUAUAGUGCUUCUCCAUACGCAUAUUCUUCAGUAUAUCCUGCUGUCUCAGCUUAUUCUGGUUAUCCAUCAUACAGUGGUGUUUAUAAUGUUCCAGCUGUUCGUUAUUUGUAAAGAGAUUUGAUCCAUAAUUGACGACCAUACAUUGCUUUCACCUUUAUUGCUUAACGCGAAAACUUCAUUUUAAUAAUAAAAGAAUUAAUU